AAUCCGCAGUUCUACGCGGUCCGUAGCCUUCGACGGUUGCCUGUCUGUCCGUUGCAAUUUUCCGCCGUUGUUGUUCACUGUCGAUUUUAACCGUCGAUCUGCACUUGCCAUAUGUAUUUACUCUAGUCCGUAACACCAAUCAACUACACUUUUUUUUUUCAAAUAUUAUUAUAUCUGUUCAAACUUUGUUUUGAUAAGAAAGUGUAAGAAGCUUGCGAACUAAGUAAAUCUAUACUGUAAAUUUUGAGUGAUUGGGUCUCUUUAUCAUAUUUCAAUGACAUUGAAAAUAAUUAAUUGACUGUACGUGAAGAUUUUUCGAAAUCCAUUCGAGAAAGUGACGCUUUAAAGAAACGUAAGAGAGUUGGAAUUUUUAUUGCUGGAAACCAUACAGUGAAAUGCUGAAUAUCGCCUUCUCGGAAUCGCGAGAGAAUACGCGAAUAUAGAAAAUCUGUUCAGCUGUUCGAAUCGGAAAAAGGAUAACACAGAGACAGACAUGUGACGGUUAAAUUGACGAACAUACACAGUGGCACCGAAAGCAGAAAUUAUUUCAUCAACGAAGAAAGAUUGAGGCAGAAGACGUUUAUUGUAAUUGAGAAGAUAACGCUUCUCGAAGAUGAGAAAUCAGGCGAUGCUAGCAUGAUCAACAUCGGUACGAUUAGUAUCCUGAUACUCUUCCUAAUCCUCGACAAUUUCGAGGCAAUUACAGUCGUAAACCAUCAUUCUGACGAUGAAUAUAUCCUUGAACACGAAGUCCUUCGCAAAGACGCGCUCGUUGAAGCGAAGAAACUGGAGAUAUAUUCUGGACCCAUUCCGGGAUGCAAGCUUUGCACCUACUCCGAGAUGACUUACUGCAAGAAUGGCAGCGUUAUCAAUGAUCAUUGUUGUUGCGACGGCAGCUUCAAUAAAGUGUUUCUCUUCGUCGAGCACACUUGUCGCGUGGGACCAGAGGAAUGCAAGGUGCACGCUGAAGACUGUGCGGAAUAUACGAGACUGCGGGAAUGCUGUUGUCAUUCGUACUUGGCUUCCACCUGGAAACACCUAGCGAAUGGCGUCGAAUCACGGGCCAGUAUGAAUAUCAUCAAAUUUGUGAUGAUCCUUGUGAUGAUUCUCAGGUUACAUCUGUCGUUGGCCUAAAACGCACAACACCAAAAAUUUUAUAUAUUAUUAAUUAUUUUAAUAAAUUGUUUUUAUUACCGAGAAAAGGAACUGACAAUUCUUCGAUAAAAAUUCGACUUUAAAUAUAGGAUUUAAAAAAACGAAUAUAUGUAAGGGAAACGAAAUUAGGAAACGAGAGAAAAAGAUAAUAUUAUAUUUUAAAUACAAUCUUCUAAGACAUAUUAUUUAUAGAAAAGAUAUUGAUUGUGAUAAUACGAGAAGGCUGAGUAAUAUUGAACAUUUUAGAUUUUUCGAGGUUUCGUUUUCUUGGAUGACGAAAAUUAAAUGUAAUGUACAUAAAACAUUAUUUUUAUUAAAAA